AAUGACGAACAGCAACAAAUGUUCGGUUCCGUGAUUUUCGCGAGGUAAAUAAUCGGAAUCAAAUCCAUAAUGGUAUCCUUUUAAUUUCGCUGGGCUUCGGGGGUUAAUAAGCUACUCAAAAUGGCGAAGAAGUCAGACAAGAAGAAGACCACCAAAUCUCCAAUGAACGAAGUUGUGACGCGAGAAUACACAAUCAAUCUUCACAAAAGAAUACAUGGCAUGCAAUUUAAGAAACGGGCGCCAAGAGCUAUUCGUGAAAUCAAAAAAUUUGCCGAAAAAAUGAUGGGAACCCCUGAUGUUCGUAUUGACACUGGUUUAAAUAAAUAUGUCUGGUCUCAUGGUGUCAGGAAUGUCCCACGUAGAGCUCGUGUUCGUCUUGCUCGUAAAAGAAAUGAAGAUGAAGACUCGACAAACAAAUUAUACACUCUAGUGACAGUUGUCAAAGUCGACACCUUCAAAAAAUUACAGACGUUAAAUGUGGAAUCUGAGGAUUAGUCUGAUGAAAUAUAUAGAAAAUCAAA